AUGAAACAAAGAAAGCAAAAAGCACAGGCCAAACACGAACCAACCGAUUAUAAAAAGUACAGAAAAACUUUAUUUGAAAUUCUUUUGUUUGGUGGUGUAUUAGCACCUGGAGGUACUAUAUUCUAUGCAGAAGAUAAUAUUGAAAAUAUUAAAAAACAUGUUAAGGUUUUCAAUAAUUUAAUUAGACAUUAUUUAUAUUUGCAGCAUAUUUUUGAAGGUAAAAUCAAGAACAUGCUUCAGUAUAUUAACAAAUGGGGUGCUGAAGAAAGCAAUAAACUUGCCACUGCAAUUGGUUUGUUUGCCUCUGGUAAAUUGAUUAGUAUAAGCAUUUUGAAUGCUUUAUUCGGACAUUCCCUUCAAUUUAUCACCGCAGCCUUCAAAGCUUAUCUUGGCGAACAAAACAUGGAACAUCUUGGUAGCUCCCUUAAAAAAGCUGGAAUUGACUCCAAGCUUAUAGAUUUUUUUCCCGCCAACAAAAAAGACAAAGAAUAUUUUGCUCGCUAUUUUAAGGCUGAUUACAUGAAACAACUUGUUGAUUUUUAUAAUCAGCGAUUAAAGGAAUUCAAUGAAAGUUCAAAUUAUUGA